UCACAGCAUGCUGGAACCCAGAGAAUCGGUUUGCCCAAGUGCACACAGAGGUAUCUUCAGUACAGCUGAGAUGUCAGCAUUACAUUACAGCUGAUACGUGACAAUUUGCCCAAGGAGAUGAAAACAGAGAAGACCCUCAGAGAAAUAUACAAUGUCACCUCACAGCAAAUUGGCCAGAAUCAGGCUGUCAAUGCAGACUACAAGAACCUGAGGGGUUUGAACCGGGGCCAUUUGAACCCCAGUGGCCAUCACAACAGUGAGAGCAGUAAGGAUGCUACCUUCACCCUCACCAACAUAGUGCCCCAGAACAUCAGACUCAAUAGUGGUGCCUGGAAUGACUAUGAGCAGAAUACGAUGGCUGACAAAAACAAGGGCUGUAUCACCAACACUACCUACGUCAUCGUGGGUGCUGUGCCUGGGAACACUUCUAUUGCCAAUGGGAGGGUUAACGUACCCAGUCACAUCUGGUCCGGUGCCUGCUGCAGGAUGACCACCAACCAGACAAAGGCUUGGGCGGCCAUUGUUGAAAACAAGGAGAAGAAUGUCACACUCCUCACGCUGGGGGAGCUGGAGGCCAACUUGACCAACCUCUAUGGAAAGGGAAAUGUUUCUCUGUUUGACAGUGCCUGUCUGC